CAUGAAGAUCUCAGAGCCAGAGCCUCGGCGUACGUCCAUCAUAUCAGGCAACAAGGCUCCAGGGAAACCUUGCAGAUCAGAAUCUUUGGCAUCAUCCCAUCCUUUCAUACAACAAUUAGAUCUUGUGAUUGCUACUCCUUCUGAUGCGGCCUUCGAUGUAAGGCCGAUAGAGGUCUCGUCAAAAUACUGGUCAUGUACCUGCACGCUGGCCAAAUUUGUCGAAUUCGCGCGCUCGUCGAUUGAAAAGUACUCUCAAAACAGCGACUUUGGAGCGCUCGGUAUAGCGGGCUCUAAUACAGACGAUGUUUGGAGCCUGGAUGGGCGCGGAAUGCUCACGUUGGGUGUAAGCAAGGCUACAUACCAAAAGCUCGGAAUAAUCGGCCAGAAGCUACCCUGGAAGGGAUGUAAUGACAUAUACAUCAUCUCCCUAUCACUUUUCGAGCUAGAGACACCAUCAAUUCAGACUGCCAAAUACAAGCGACAUUAUCUGGGUCCCAAGCAGAUGCAAGCAUUGCGCACAUGGGAUGCGCAAAGAGGACCGUGGAGAGUAGUAUACUAUUUGAACGAAGAAACUGCAUCUAUUUUUGACCGCUCGACGGAGCAUGCAAUGGCUCCAAAAACUACAAAUCUGUCAAACAUAUACGUACCAGCUCUUAAGUUGACCCCUUGUCCUACUGACACGGAGGAACGCGAAGACUGGCAAGAAGAGGUCUCCACCCUCUUCGAAUGGGUUGGCAUGGCGUGUCUCGGCGCUCAGAGAUUGCGAAUCAAUGACAAAGUCGAUCCUUAUCUAGCAGUGUAUAUACCGCCAACCUCUUCUCGCGUGGGGUCUGUCUCACACAUACGGUGGACUGGACUCCUAUCCCCUGCCUUCGUUUCAAGAAUACUCUCCGCCGCAACGUACGCCUCGCUCUCUCAUGUCUCAUCCACAAAAUUCUGGCACUCCCUACAUGGCAGGUCAUUCGUCCAGGGAGAAUCAUUCGUCUCUCUCACGGCGCAUGGAGUGCCGACCACACCCGUGGCAUACCUACCAUCCUCUCCCUCAGACGCGUCGACUCUCCGCGCCCCAAGGCCAGAGGCGGAGGACACCUGGAGCUUGAUUGUCUCGAACGUGCGGGAAGAGUCUGAGCAGAAGUCGUAUGAUUGGAUGUUGGCAGAGAGCAUUGGACAGUGGGAUGCGCGAUGCGGCUGAUCCUGUAGCAUCCGGCGGACAGCCCCUUCAUGCGAUUCGAGUAAUCGAAUUCGCGCCGAAAGAUUGACUGUUCCAAAGACUGGCCGAUACUUGUCGGACAACCGCAUUGUUCGCUCAACCUGGAUGCGAUUCAUGUUACUGAUGCGGCUCCAGACUUUCUGUACACAUCAAUAUGCUGCUCAAUUAUGAAGGCGGCCAAAGUAUCUGAAGUGAACAAGA